AUGCGUCGAAGCGAGAGCCAUCGUUCUGUGGACCCUCCAGCCAGCACGUCAGGCUCUUCCCUCCAUGACACAUCAACUUCGUACAAUAAUGGCGAUGACAGCCGAACGGAGGCAGACUGCCCGAUUUGCCUCGAGCGUCUGUCGUACCGUUUAGCGGGCGAAAAGCCCCACGUGAUGCCCACGUGCGGGCAUGCCUUGCACAACGCCUGCUUCACUGCUGUGUAUGGCAAGCCGGAAGACAUAUUGGCAGCUCAGGAAGGAGGUUCGAGCGGUAAGAAGGCAGGACCGCCUGGGAUGUGUGGUGUCUGCAGGAAAGCGAUUGUUCUAGGUGGGGACGGAGGGGAUAAUAGCAGAUCUGCAAGCAACUUGAUCGAUGAUCCGAUUGGCUCCAUUGCAUUGUCCAGCACAAUGUCUCGCUCCACUUCUCGUAGCUACCCGGACCCGCAAUCCUCGCGCCACAGCACCAUGAGUUCUCCAGCGUCAAGGAAUGUGAUCUUGGAAGCGAACAGUAACCACGAAAGCUUGUCUUCGCCUUUGCCAACCUCGCCCACUUCUCCCGGCAUGGUGCACCCGGUGAUCCGCAUUCGACCCGAAUUCGACACAAUCUAUCGAAAGGAUCCGACUGGCCAGAAUGGCAAGCAGAACAUCGUCUGCGUAGUCGCCUUGGAAGUUCCAUCUCGCCGACCUCCUCUCUCUCUGGAUGAGCAAGAAGCCAAACAUCAAAUGCAGUGGAAGGGGUUGCCGCUUCUCAAUGGAGAUGAUGACGACGAGCAAGAAGCUACCGAUGAAGAGGAUGCAGAUGGCGGUAUCGACAAUGGUCUGGAAGCAGGAGACGAACCUCCUGCUGAGAUGAGGUACAACCAUCGUGCCAGUGGCUUGUCAGAGAGUAUUUCGAGCGGCCACGACAGAGCUCUUGCAUCUUCGGAUGUGGGACACGAGCGCUUGGCUCGCCACGAUGAUCAGAACAGCCUGCACGAGUACGGAGACGAGAACCAUUCAGGUAGCGGCAAAGAGACCAGUAACGGAGGUGACGAGGACUUCUCCAUGCAUGCCGCUCCAGCUAUCGAUGAGACUUCGUACGAUGCGGUAUUCGAGGAUCUAAAGGCACGACUGGCAGACUGGAAAGGUCAACCCAUCGAGAAGUUCGGCCAAUUGGCACUGUACGACUACAUUGGCAUCAGCCAAGACAAUGUAGUUCGCAAGUUCUGGGUCUACUUGUUCAACUCCGCCCUCAUCUGUGUCACAGAGUCGGGCAAACCCGAUCGGAAACUUAGUCGUCUAGGCAGCAAGACUGGUUCGGACAAGGGGAAGCCAACCAAACCACCGAAGCUCAAGCUCAAAGGUAGGAUCUGGCUGAGGCACAUUUCCGAUAUGAUCGAGAAGAACGUCCAGGGCUCUCCUAGUCUGGCUAUCACCUUGGACGAUGAUACUUUGGGCAACUUCGUCCUUGUCUUCCCGACAGAAGGUAUUCGCCAAGCCUGGAGGAGCAAAGUGGAGUCCCUGGCAGACGAGAGCAAGGCAAGCUACAAUUCGCGUCAUUCAGCUCCUGGUGCCAGUGUUGCCAACGGUGUCACGACGGCCAAUGACAGCAACGGCAGCGUUGGUCGAGAGCCUUUGUCUUAUGAGCAGGGACCACCUCACACGUCGACUCCUAGCAAAUCGUCCGUAGGGGCAACCGCGAGGUCAGCUCGUAGUGCUUCUCUCAUCAGUGGCAAGUCAGGCUCGGAGCCUGCCAGCGCAAGAGCAAAGCAGCCGAGAAAAUCGAAGAGCACUCACACUCUGUCUUCUGAGCGCGAUGCGGCUAAUACACGAGCAAGCUUCUCGGCCAGUCUUCCCACACAGCAGCAGUGGUCUGCCUCUGGUGGCCUGGAUCCCUCUAUGCCACCUCCCAAAUUGCUCCCUCAUGCACCACUCGACCUGGUCUUGAUGGUGUCCGUCCCUGUCGUAUUGCAAAAGGAUACCAGUGGGGUCUCGUCCUCGGCAGCUCUGAAGCUUCGACUGAUCAGAUCAACGCUCGAAUUCGUAUCGUCCCACAUGGGACCGAGUGACCGACUUGCCGUCGUCACCUACAGCUCGGGCGCUGAAGGCGAUGUACGCAAAACCGGCCUGCUGAGCAUCACUGCUAGAGAACGUAGCCGAGCUAAGCUGCAAGACUUCAUCGAAAGCAUUGGCAAAGCCUGGGAUGAGGACGAAGACGAUCCCUACCGAGUCGACAGCGAGACGCUCGGUGGGGCAAGUGAGCGUACAGACACCGUGACUGCGCUCAAUGUCGGUUUGGACAUUGUCCUCUCACGUAAAGUCAAGAAUUCAAUGACUGGAAUGAUCUUGAUCAACGAUACGACUGAUGGUCCUGCCAAGAGGCAGAUGGAUUUGGUCAUGGCUAGGGCCGAAGCCGCCAAUACGCCCAUCCACUGCUUUGGCUUUGGCAAGUCAAGCAACCCUUCGUCUCUCUGGCUCAUUUCGAACCACACCCGUGGCUCUUAUACUUUCGUACGAGAGUGGUACCAGCUGAGAGAGUGCAUUGCAGGCUGCAUCGGAUCAAUCAUGAGCACUGCGAUUGAUCAGUUCAAGCUGCGCAUCUCCGUACCUUCCGACAAUCACUUCAGGGUGAAGAAAGUGCAGGGUGUUCUGAACCCUGUCGUGUCUUCUUCUGGCAAGCACGUCGAUGUCGAGGUGGGAGAAUUGCGUUAUGGAGAAACCAGAGAGCUCUUCGUUGAGCUUGAGCUUGACAUCAAUGGACUAGUGCCGUUCAUCGCUCAGACGAAUGAUGAUGGGCGUGUAGGUGGGGUGAGGAAAGUCCGCAACGCCCCUGCCAUCGAAGUUGGCUCUGCCACGGAUGACUUCAUUCAACGACUGGGUCUCUCUGAUCUGAACCUCGAGGAUACAGCGGGCAGUAGCGAUCUGUACGGAAUUGACCACUCAAUGGGUAGUCUCAUCGAAGAGGUCGCAGUCUUCGAAGUCGACGCUGCCUACCGAGACGUGACAGCUGGCUCCUCUCUACACCGCCUUUCGAAUCCAUCAGUCCUGACUCUCGAGGUGGAUGGGACUGCGCCAGAAAAUGGCUCUUCGAAUCCUCAGCAGACCUCUGAUGCCACGGUCACACGUCGACGAAUCGAGCUCCUGGUCUCAGAUAUGAUUACUCGCUCCUUGCUCCUUGUCAGCCGCAAGAACUAUACACAGGCACUACGCAUCAUCAACGAGACACACAAGAUCGUCGAGACGGUCCUGGCCAGGUUGACAGAGGCCAACGCUGGCAAGGAGAGCGACCGUGCGCUCAGGCGUCGCGCAGCCCGCCAACGAGCCCUAGUGCAGGAUCAAGCCAUCGUCUCCCUCCUGGCCAUUCUAGACGACUUGGAGCUCACCUCGAAUGGACUACAGCUAGGACCACGAGGCCACUUUGAGCGAGAUGGGAGAAAUGCAGCUGCUCAACAGGCCAUGGUCUUGCGAGAUCAGCAAGCUUGGACUACCAGGACCACCACUGAGGCUUUGCGCUUCUUGGGUGACAAUGGGCCCGCACUCGCUGCUGUAGCUUACGCCGAUUCGCGAUCCUGA